AUGUGCAUGAUGGUAGCAUACUACUUCCUUGCAGCCGAUCGUAUCCCCGAAAUCGCCACCCGCACGAGCAGCUUCAUACAUCAUUUCGCUAAAUUAUGCGGCAACAUCUACGUGCAUACCGCCGAUGAGAUAGACUCGCGAGAAGCCAGCGCGCCUGCGCCUAUCGACGGUCCGCGCGUAGGUCAGGCUAUUCCUUCCACCCGAUUAAGUCGUUCAUUGGAUCAGCAAGACCGCGCUUCAGUUCUGCCUCUUCUCGAGACUCAGCAACAGGAUAGCCAUCGCAAGCAAGGUGCGGACGAUGAUGUGUUCCAGACUAGGAAAGACACAUCAGACGCCCAGAUCAUCGCAUCCACGUAUCAUGUUGGUGACAAGGGAGAUCGAUCAUCGGUCCCACCCGUCAACGGCGACUCACCUCGUAUCAGCUCACCCAUGGUCUGGGACGGUUCGAAUGUUUCACCGACGACUCAACUUCCUCGUAAUAGCACCGAUCGUCUCAUGGACUUGGCAAGUCCCAAAGGAACGCCUGAGAUUGAGCUGCAGAACCGAGAGAAGGUCAUUCAGCCGGUCCUUGCGGAGAAGAAGGCUCUGAACAUUGAUGACCUCGCCGCUUUCGUCGCCAGGUUCAAGGAGCUCGAAGCCGAAACCACCCAGCUUCAGGAACACAGAGUCGCCAACGCAGACCUCAAAGGCCUUGUCAGCCAAGCGAAGGACGAUGCUAAGCGAGCAUGUACCCAGGUCCAAGAACUCCAAGAGCGAUCUUUAAAUCAGAAGAGUGAGAUAGAGGAGUUGCGAAAAGAGCUUGCUAGAACGGAGAAGGAUUCCACAGACAUGACCCUAAAGCUCACGACCGACCUUGACCAGGAGAGGCAGAAACUGCAAUUGGUUCAGCGUGCGCAUGUGCAGACGCGGUCAAAGCUUUCUACCGUCCAGGCUGAGAAAGAACAGUUGAUGCAACGCGUUGCAUGGGUUGAACGGAGCAGGCCAUCCGCACAGAAGCUGGCGGUCAUGGAAGCAAGCUUGCAGGCCAUGGAGGCUGACAAGAAGGGGAUGCAGGACAGAAUCCGAAUUCUGGAGGGCCAAGUUCAGGCGGAGAAGAACAAGUUCAGCGAGUACAAGCGGAAGAUCCGCAACCUGUCCUUGGACCCUUGAGCGAGAGGCACCUCUGUGGAGGGUAGACUGCAUGGGCCGUGGGAAAGUCAUUGUGACCUAUUCAUGAUAACUUGCGG